UGUCUUCACAGAUUGGGAAGACAGGUGCCUACCUGCAGUUCCUCAGUAUCUUGUCCAGGAUGCUGAUUCGGCUGACAGAAGUGGAUGUUUAUGAUGAAGAAGAGAUCAAUACCAGCCUCCAAGAGGAAUCGGAUUGGCAUUACCUCCAGCUCACCGACCCCUGGCCAGACCUGGAGCUCUUCCAGAAGAUGCCUUUUGAUUACAUCAUUCAUGACCCAAAGUAUGAGGAUGCCAGUCUGAUUUGUUCACACCAUCAGAGCAUCAAGAGUAAAGAUAGAGGGCUGUCCAGGAAACCAGAGGACCUGUAUGUGCGUCGUCAGACAGCACGUAUGAGACUGUCCAAGUAUGCGGCAUACAACACAUACCAUCACUGCGAGCAGUGCCAGCAGUACAUGGGCUUCCACCCUCACUACCAGCUCUCUGAGUCCACCCUGCACGUCUUUGCCUUCUCUUGCUCCAUGCUAGGAGAGGAGAUCCAGCUCCACUUCAUCAUCCCCAAGUCCAAGGAGUACCACUUUGUCUUCAGCCAACCCGGAGGCCAGCUGGAGAGCAUGCGCUUGCCCCUCGUCACUGACAAGAGUCAUGAACACAUCAAAAGCCCAACCUUCACUCCGACAACGGGCCGGCAUGAGCACGGGCUCUUUAAUUUGUACCAUGCAAUGGAUGGAGCCAACCAUCUACACGUGCUGGUGGUCAAGGAGUAUGAAAUGGCCAUUUAUAAGAAAUACUGGCCCAACCACAUCAUGCUUGUCCUCCCAAGCAUCUUUAACAGUGCUGGAGUUGGGGCUGCACACUUCCUGAUCAAAGAGCUGUGCUACCACAACCUGGAGCUGGAGAGGAACCGACAGGAGGAGCUGGGGGUCAAGCCUCAGGACAUCUGGCCCUUCAUCGUCAUUUCUGAUGACUCCUGUGUGAUGUGGAAUGUGGCAGAUGUGGACUGUGCUGGAGAACGGAGCAGGUUUACAUGUGACGACGUAGACUUCAACCUUCGUGUGCACAGCGCUGGCCUCCUGCUCUGCCGGUUCAAUCGCUUCAGUGUCAUGAAGAAGCAGAUCGCGGUGGGCGGGCACAGGUCCUUCCACAUCACAUCCAAGGUGUCUGACAGCUCUGUGGCCAUUGUGCCUUCCCAGUACAUCUGUGCCCCGGACAGUAAGCAUACAUUCCUGGCAGCUCCCGCCCAGCUGCUGCUGGAGAAAUUCCUCCAGUACCACAGCCACCGCUUCUUCCCGCUGUCUCUGAAGAACCAUGGCCACCCCGUGUUGUCUGUAGACUGCUACCUUAACCUGGGUCCUCAGAUUUCUGUGUGUUAUGUGAGCUCCAGGCCCCACUCCUUAAACAUCAGCUGCUCUGAGAUGGUGUUCAGCGGGCUCCUGCUGUACCUCUGCGACUCUUUUGUGGGGGCUAGCUUCUUGAAGAAGUUCCACUUCCUGAAAGGAGCCACCUUGUGUGUGAUUUGCCAAGACCGGAACUCACUCCGCCAGACCGUGGUCCGCCUGGAGCUGGAAGAUGAGUGGCAGUUCCGGCUGCGGGACGAGUUCCAGACAGCCAAUGCCAAGGAAGACAGGCCGCUCUUUUUCCUCACUGCACGGCACAUCUGA